AUGACGGGCGCGUGCCCGAAGACUGGCGGGGCACUUUCCGUCGCCGCGACCUACACGUCGAGAGCUGGCAGCCGAGCGUGGGCAGCUGGGGUGCCUUCGACGUGGAGGCGGCAUACGAGAGCUGGCGGCAGGAUGCCCUGGCGGGCGAGGUGCCGAGCGUUGCCGCCCUCCGUGCGCAUGGCUACCUUCCCAUUCUUCCCGGGAGUGGCCGAUGGCGGCGUUGGCUGGCGCGACCUGCUCCUGCGGCGCCUGCGGAUGCCAGCCUCUGCGUUGGCGCAGCACCUGGUGCAGUACGCCAAGUUCUGGGACCAGAACUCCGAUCGCAUCGGCGAGGUGGAAGCGGUCUUCGCCGACAUGACGCGGGCGCAGUUCGAGGCGAGGGCGCACGCGCACCCCGAGCGGCUGCUCGCGCAGCCCGCGAGGGGGGCGGGGGGCGCGCCCGCGCGGGCGCCCGCGCGGCGCGACGCCGCCCUCGGAGCGCGCAGCGGUCUGCUUCGCGGAGCCGCGGGCAUCGAGG